UAACCUCCAGCUCAGUUAUCCAGAGUGAGAGAGCGCGAGAGAGAGUUGCAAUGGAAAGCGGGAGAGAGCACAGCUGUUUGCGUUUAUUUCGUAUCUGGAUAUUUGAAUUUGGGCAGCGCGGCGCUUACUUCUUCGUUCGUCGUCGAACGGUGCGGACGGUUGAUCGUCGUCGGGCUGGGCAGCAGUUUUCCUCCGCUUUUAUGCGUCUACCGUUUUCGUAGCGGCGCUGCGCAUGCGAAACAAAUAGGAAAGCAGAACCAAGUGCGAAAAGAACUAGACCAAGAACGAAAAUACCUUCGAUGUGACAAAACGAAUGCAAACAGCCAUAAAGUGCAGCGGGAAAAUACAGUCCAAAUAAGUGCACAGAUUUUUACCUCGCAUUAUUUACCUUUGUGCGUCGCCAGCAGUAUUUAGUAUUUGAGCAGCAUUUCGACUCGGACUUAGUCGAUCGCUAUCACGAUCGCUCAUCGCUUAUCGUUGCACAAUAGCGUUUCGUUCGCGUUCACCUUUGCGUUUACCUUACCCAAUUUCGUACCUACCGCCCACGAAACGCCGACGUCGUGGCUUCUUACAUCAGUAUCGAUUUGUGGGCUCUAUUUACAUACCUGCAACCUUAUCACCGUGCCGCGCAAGAGGGCGCGCCCAUUAGCACAUUCUGAAGAGGAAAGCACUCCCGAGGAUUAUCCAAAUAUUCGUUUGUGUGUCCCCGUCUCCAACUCCGCUGGGCGAUAAGAUGACCACCGGAGUGGCGUCCAGGAGCAAUAGGGCCAUACAUUGAAGCCAGGCUCGAUCAGAUUAGAAGCCAGGAAGACCCCCCUUAGCCACUAUGAGCACCCUGCGACCGGUCAGCGUUUGCGAUACCACGCCGCUCCAGAGAUUCGAGAGCCAGAGCAGCAGCGGCGAAGAGCCUUCUUCUCCGACGGCUUCCAGCAUCAUAGCCGCCGCCGCAAGCCAAACCCCCAACCACAACAACAACAAUGUGAAACUGGACCUGCAGCUACCCACGUUCGUUGGGAGCUCCCGUAGCCAGGGCCCACUGUACGCGGUACCCAGCAGCAACAAGCCAACGCUGCGCGGUCCCCGACAAAUUUUCGGAAGGAUUCUCAUGGACCUCUGUUUGCUCAGCUGCGUUGGUCUACCUAUGCUGGGGUUUUCGCUUUGGGGCGAAGCCGUCAACCGCGGAUUCUUCUGCAAUGAUUCCUCCUUGAAGCAUCCGUACAGAGACUCCACCAUGCCCAGUUGGAUUCUCUACUUCAUGUGUGGCGCCCUACCUCUUUUUGUGAUGCUUGUGGUGGAGUUCUUUAGGGGCCAGGAUAGGCGAUUGCACAGUCUCUUUCAGAAGAACACGAUGGGCAGUGGCUAUCAGCUCUGCCACUUGGAGUUGCCCUCUUGGCUGGUGGAGUGCUACCACAGGAUGGGAAUCUUUAUCUUCGGUCUGGGCGUAGAGCAGCUGUCCACAAAUAUCGCAAAGUAUUCCAUUGGAAGAUUGAGACCUCACUUCUACACACUCUGUCAGCCCGUCAUGAAAAAUGGCACCACUUGCAGUGACCCCAUAAACGCUGCUCGUUAUAUCGAGGAGUUCACCUGUGCGGCGGUAGAUAUAACUUCGAAGCAGCUGAAGGACAUGCGCCUGUCCUUUCCCAGUGGACAUGCAAGUUUCGCCUGCUACUCCAUGCUCUACUUGGUGAUUUACCUACAUCGUAGAAUGCAUUGGAAGCAGAUAAGAAUGCUGUGCCACCUGCUCCAGUUCCUGCUGCUCAUGUUCGCCUGGUAUACGGCUCUUACCAGAGUUUCCGACUACAAGCACCACUGGUCCGAUGUCUUGGCAGGAUCUGGCAUCGGACUCACCUACGCAGUUGUUGUGACGUCGACUAUGUGGUAGGCUGGAUCCUUGACUUUUCGGGGGUUUCAAACCCCUCAACCCACCGUGUGGAGCUGCUUUCGCUUUAAGAUGUUUUAUCUGCCGCAUUUUCAGUUUUAUCAUUGUUUUAAUUUGACCAUGUCUGCAUAGGAGUAUCUAUUUAUCUAUGUGUAAAGGAUUUUACUUAAUAAACUUCAGUUCUAUGUGUUUAA